UAGCUCCCUCCUUAUUAGUAGCACCAGAAGAUAUUACUCCUGAAAUAAUGAAACAAUUAGUUCAAAGCCCUGGUCAACUUCCUAACAAAUCCGACUUAGCAAAUUUCCUUAACGAAAAUCCUCCUGCAAAAAUACCGCUUUCCCCUAAUCUUUUUUUCCAAUUUAAUACAAGUCUGAUAACUAAAGAGGAACGAGAUACAUAUUUUGUACUAAGUACAGAAGUGGAAUGUACAUUACUUUAUUCAAGACUUAUAGGGCAGUUAAUUUACCCUCCUUCAUAUGGAAAAACUGAAGACUCGUAUCAUGAUUUGUGGGAUAGUAUUAUUAAAAAUACGAUAGAGAUGUUUGGAAAGCAUAACGCGAGUUUGCCAAUGCUGGAAUUUGAUCGCAAUACUAGCAAACGAACCUCAACAGGUGAAGAAAAAUCUCGUGAAGAAGCGGGAGAUCCUUCAAGAGAAUUAGUGGAUAAAUUCAAUGAUUGGACCUAUGGAGAUGCACCAUACAUCUUUGCAUAUUAUGCCGUUGGCGCCUAUGUCACAUUUGUUACUUUGCAUAAGCCUGAAAAUAAGUCGACUAAAAAAAAGAAAACUGAGCGUCGUCUAUUACCUCUUAUAGCGAAUUUAUGCCCUCCGAGGGAAUCGCCAGAAUUUCAAACAAUUCCUCGACAAAAUGGAACUAUUAUUGAACUUGGGUAUACAAUUAAGAAAAGGUUUGUGGACGAAAAGCGAGUUACUCAUUUAAAAGAAAUUUAUGGAAUAUUAAGUGCAAACAAUGUUAGAUUUUCCGACAAAUUAGAACAUUCAUCUACACAUUCUGUUAAUUUGGCGCCACGUGGAGAACAACGUGAACCAAAUGAUCUCAAAGAAUUACUGCAGGCAUUAAUUUGUACACUAACUUGUUUGAAGGGUAUGCAUGAAAUAAAGCCCAAACCGAUAAUGCACAGAGAUGUUCGAUGGCCAAAUGUUAUUUGCCAUUACGACGGAUAUCAAAGAUUUAUUUUAAUCGACUUUGACUAUGCUGACUUUUCCCCUUCUGAUGAGCCUUUAGAAGAAUUUUCUGAAAGUGAUCAUGCUCCUGAAAUGCUAAAUAAAAAGCAUGAUUUUAAGGUUGAUAUAUGGGGCAUUGGGAACUUAAUUGGUACAUGUAAUGUCACAGGCAUUCCUUCAGAACUUUCAGGUUUCGGCACAGAUUUGUGUAAAAGUAAUCCAAAUAGACGACCAACCACUUCAGUUGCUCUUGAUCAG